GCGAAUGAAAAUGAUCGAUUGACAUCAUCAUCAACGCCUUUUACAUUCAAUAAUGUAAGUACAGGUGACAGCAGUUCACAUACAAAACCUUUUAGUGGAUUCCAGUUUGGUCAGCCAUCAGCGCCUGUCACGGCUGCUAAACCACCCAUCUUUGGCGGUUUUGGAACAUCCUCAGUAUCUACAAGCAGUAAGUUAAUUAUAUAUUAAAUAAGAGGAGAAUCAGUAGAUCAACUAUCUUAUAGAUACACCCGCGUUUUCUUUUGGUACAGCCAAUACAAGUGGAGCCAGUAACCAGGCAACGAUGAGCUCAACUGUUGAGCCAUCCAGCGAUGUCUUUGGAAAUAGAAAACGACGCUUUUCUGUCGAAAUGGAAGAGGUUACUCAGGAGGAACAGGAGGAAGAACAACCUGCACAGAAAAAAUCGUUUGUCUUUGGCAGCUCUUCUAGUACGGGCAGUAGCAGUAUUCCUUCUUUCUCAUUUGGAACAACAAAGGAAACAGAGAAGCAUGACGAAUCUACAUUCUCUAUACCCGAACCUCCUGCGCCUGCAUUCAAAUUUGCGCCUGAAACGAAGCAAUCGGAAACAUCUGGCUUUACCUUUGGCACAAAUAGCAAUGCCAAUCCUACAUUCAGCUUUGGUUCGUCCUCUACCAAUACUGCAUUAACAGUAGUAACCACAGCAACACCUACCUUUAGUUUUGGAAAUGCCGCGCAGACAACAGAGGAGAAAGACAAAAACGGACCCACUGAUAACACUAAUGAAAAUGAACCUGCUAAUGACACUAACAUGAAGAAGAUCAGUGAAAAUCAAGAAAAAGAGACAGAAACUAAACCAGAGGAUAAGCCAGUAGCCUCACUGCUUCCCGAUGCCGCAAGCAGCACAGAAGCGAAUGAGAAGACGCAGGAAAAAUCAGCUAGCGCUACUACUACAUCCGUUCCGGCUUUUAGCUUUGGAUCUUCUUCUACCAUUCCUGCAUCAACCAUAACAACUACGACAGCAACACCCGCCUUUUCUUUUGAAAGCGUGGCAAAGACAGCACCAUCAUCAACUGAGGCAGACAAAGACGAAGAACCUUCUAAUGACACCAAGGAGGAAAAGGGCAAUGAAGACCAAGAGGAUAAACCAUCAACUAACAAAGUGGCAUCUAAGUCUACUUUCAGCUUUGGAUCUGUCACUACUUCUGCUGCACCAACAACAACAGCACCCUCAUUUACGUUUGGAAGCACAACACAGAAAGUGACACCAUCGGCUGAAGUAGACAAAGAUAAUGAACCCUCUGAAGAUACUAACGCGAAAGAAGACGAUGGAAAACAAGAAAAUGAACCAUUGGCUGAGGAAGCAGAAUCCAAACCUGAAGAAAAUAAACCAGCGACCCCUGCCUUCACUUUUGGAAGUACUACUCCUUCUACUACGCCCAAGGCACCUUCAUUUACCUUUGCUAAUGUUUCUGCAGCCUCAUCUACUGGCACCAGUGCUCCCGAUACUACCACUACUACCACUAGCACCGUCGCUCCUGUUUUUAGCUUUGAUUCAUCAGCAAAGACUGCAUACAGUCCAAAGCUUUCCUUUGGUAAAGUAACAUCGACUCCAACAGCCGCAAGUGUUCCUACUACGACUGUUACAUCUAUUACCGCGAGUGUUCCUGCUACAAGUGCUCCUGCUCCCGUUCUUAGCUCUGGAGCAACAACAACAACUGCCUCGUCGACCGCUGAUACUACUACAAGUACACCCGCUUUCAGCUUUGGCACAUCUGUUCCUACAAGUGCUCCAACAGCCUCCGCACCCACUUUUAGUUUUGGUACACCUGCUGCAUCUACCACAAGCGCUUCUUCUAAAAGCACUCCCGCUUUUAGCUUUGGCAAGCCUGCUACAUCCACUACCGCUACUACUACAAGCACUCCCGCCUUCAGCUUUGGCACAUCUACAACUGCCCCCGUUACAGCUACCACAAGCGCUACUUCUAAAAGCGCCCCUGCUUUCAGCUUUGGUACACCCAUAACUGCUCCUGCUACAGAUACUACUGUUGCUGCUAUAAGCGCUCCCACUACAAGCACCGCUUCUGCCUUUAGCUUUGGAGCAACAAAAACUGCCUCGUCGACCACUAUCACUGUUACAAGUACUCCUGCUUUCAGCUUUGGCACACCCGCAACUGCUACAGCCACAAGCGCUCCUUCUAAAAGCACAUCAGCACCAUCUACCAGCAGUGCAGCACCCGUGUUUUCUUUUGGAACAGCUACACAAAAGGCAACUGAAUCCAGCGCGUCUGAUAAAGAUAAGCCUGUAGGACAAUUUUCUUUUGGUGCACCACCUACAAAUGAAUCAGCCACGACAGCUACCACCGCCACCACUGCUACUACUACCGCUGCUCCUGCCAUUACAGAGACUUCCAAGGAUACGAGUAAACCUGGGACACCUGCUUCUAUCAUGACAGCACCUGCUCUGCCUACUACAAGCGGUAGCACAGCGUUCAGUUCUUUUGAUAGCACAACUCCAAGCAAGGGUAAAGAGUCCGAAAAGCCAGGAUCUGUUGCGAUUGCGUUUAGUACGACGGACGGAAGCAGUAAAAAGAGCGAGCCUACGACACUAUCACUGCAGCCGAUUGCCAAGGAUACCUCUCGCGAUACAGCUUAUGUACCCACCACAUUAAAGUCUGAGAUAAACGAUCCUAGUCAAGUGACCUAUACGACUCGCUUUUGGGAGCUACCUGAUAAUGCAAGAAACGAGCUUGCUGAAUUACAGCAGUUUAUUAACGAGCAAGCCGAAAAGCGCGACAAAAUCCAAAGCGAGAUCAACUCAGGCUUUGCUUCCACCCUGAAGCAAGUACAAGAAAAGACUGAAGACCUGAACGUGGAUGCGGAUAUCUUAACGAAGCAGUUAGACAUACAGUCUGGUACGCUCUAUGACCUGAUUGACAAGAACGCCGAGCAACGAAGAAACGUGAUGGCAGCCGGCAGUGUGCUGAGACAAGAGAGUCGAAACUGGCGUACACUGGGUGCCUCCGAAAACUGGCACUUUUUCACUAGUACUGUAAAUAGUUUGGAAUCAAGAACACGAUACUAUGCUCAAGCCGUCCAGUCGAUUGAAGAAGCUGUGAGUUCAUUAGACAAGGAGACAAAGUUCUCGCCUGAACUCUUAGCAGACGUCAUGGCUGGACAGAAACGCAUGUAUUUAUCAUUAGCUGGGCGAGUUGCUGAGAUUCAUGAAGAGGUUGAACGUAUAGUCAAAAGACGCAAAUUGUAAAUUUUUUUGAUGUGUGUUUUGCAAAUCCAUUUUUUUUAUUAUAAUAAAGCAUGUUGUGAAAAAUAUGUGUGCGCUUUCGUAUGAUUCCGCAGUAUAAAAUUUUGCGCAGUGUAUGUU